AUGGACAUAGAGAAUGGUAUAUAUAUUGAAGAUAGUUCCAGAGCCAAGGGCAUUAAAAAAUUGUUUUACAAUAAGACUAAUAAGGUGUACAUCAUAUCCAUGACGAUCGUUGCAAACUUCUUACUAUUUUACAGUCUCCAUUUAUUAAAUGCCAAGUACUGUGAAGCAUUUCCAUUCGUUUUACCCCGUACUGAAAGAUACACACUACAACAGUCAGACUCCAACCUCGGCGACUUUGUCAAUAGCUUUCAAAACAAAGAAAUCUUUAGCCAGUUACAGUUUGGCGAAAGCGCAUUUUAUGAUCGAGAGUUAAAUGUGGUUGGAACAAUUGAGUUUUCCAAGUACAAUCAGUAUCAAAACCAGCCAUAUGUUGCUAAUGGGUAUAUUGGCAGUAGAAUACCCAACUUGGGACAGGGGUUUACCUACGACCAACUAACUGAAUCUCCCGAUUCAAAUAAAGAUGAUUUGUACAACGGAUGGCCGUUGUUUGAUAAAAGGUUUUCCGGAGCCUUUAUGGCUGGGUUCUACAACCUUCAAGAAAAUACAACGGGAAACAAUUUCCCUGAACUAUUAGAAAAUGGGUAUGAAAGUGUCAUAUCUGCCAUCCCUCAGUGGACUACAUUAAAGUUGGUCAUUCAACAGGGCGACAAUAAUUAUACAUUAGACCCGGCUUUGCCUGAAGGAACAGGGCAAAUAACAAACUAUGUUCAAAACAUGUCAUUGUCUACUGGGAUUGUUACCACUCAAUUUACAUGGCUAGAGGUUUUAGAUGUAAAGUAUACUGUACUUGCUCACAGGUCUGAAAUCAAUUUGGGUUUGGUCAAGGUGGAUAUCCAGAACAAUGGGAAUGACACGGUCGAACUAAGCGUGAUAGAUGAGUUGAACUUUGAUACAGCACAAAGGUGUGAGUUGAAUCUGAUUGGCCACGAUGAUUCCGGUAUCUAUGUGUCGUUUCUGCCAGAUAACUUGGACUACAUAUCUGGUGCUAUUUAUUCAACGCUUCAUCUUGACAAUGUAAGUCGUCGAUCAAGAAAGAAGCAAACCAAGCAAAGUUCAAUGAUUCGAUUACUCUCCCAAGAAACCACCCAAUUAGGAAAGACAGUAGGGAUUGUUUCUACAGACCUUGAUCCCGCCAAAUUGAAAACCACUAGGGAUACCCUUCAAUUUGCAAAGCAGAUUUCGCAAAAGUUUGAACACUUGGGCUUGAUAAUUAAAUCUCACGUGCAAGCAUGGAAGGAAUUGAUGGGAAAAAUCUCGACGAUAACGUUUCCAAAUGAUUCAUUGCUUGAUUUAGGGUCCAAGGCCUCGGCCUACCAUUUGCUCGCUAAUACGCGUUCCGAUGCACAAGGGGUAACUGGAGCCCUCGGUGUGGGUGGUUUAAGCUCAGAUAGUUAUGGCGGCAUGGUUUUCUGGGAUACCGACUUUUGGAUGUUUAAUGCCAUAUUAGCUCUCAAUCCUGGCCACGCAAAAAGCAUAGUAAAUUACAGAAUGCAUACGCACCAGCAGGCUUUGAACAAUACUCCUCAAGGAUGUGAGGGCGCAGUUUAUCCGUGGACAAGUGGAAGGUUUGGAAAUUGCACUGCCACAGGACCUUGCUUGAAUUAUGAAUACCAUAUCAAUUCAGCUAUUGCUAUGGCUGCGUGGGAGCUAUAUAUAAGUGGAGCAGUUGAUGAGCAAUACUUGGAAAGUACAAUCUACCCCUUGAUAAAUGAUGCGGCAAAGUUCUACUCCGAUUAUGUAACAAGCUACAACGAUACUAUUGACAAGUUUGUCACCAAUAAUCUCACAGAUCCAGACGAAUAUGCAAAUCACGUGGACAAUGGAGCUUAUACAAAUGCCGGUAUUGCACUACUAAUGAAUUGGAUAAAUGACAUUGGUGCUAUACUUGAUGUCGAUAUGCCUAAGAUAUUUGCUGAAAUCUCGCAAAAAAUGUAUCUUCCAACAGCAGACAAUUCACAGAACAUAACAUUAGAGUAUUCAGGAAUGAAUUCGUCGGUAGGAAUUAAGCAAGCCGAUGUUGUACUACUAACAUAUCCAUUACAGAAUAGUUUGGUUGAUACUGACCAGGCAUACACAAAUAUGGAAUUCUAUUCUGGAAAGCAAGUGAGUUAUGGACCAGCAAUGACAUUUUCAAUCUUUUCCAUUGUGGCAUCUAAUUUGGCCUCUAGUGGUUGUGCAUCUCAAUCAUAUUUGCACAGGGCAAUCCAACCAUACUUGAGAGGACCAUUUGUACAAUUUUCUGAGCAAAAUAACGAUGAUUACAAAUCAAAUGGAGGUACGCAUCCGGCUUUCCCAUUCUUGACUGCCCAUGGGGGGUUUGUACAAGCCGUCAUACACGGAUUGACCGGGUUGAGACAUACCUACACCAUAGACAAUGGAAAAAUGUCGAGGUCGUUGAAUUUGGACCCAAUUGCUUUGCCAUGUUUAGGCAAUGGUGUUCAGUACAGUGGUAUUCAUUAUGAUAACCAUACAAUUUCGAUGAAUAUUACAGACUCGGAAUUUGUGAUUCGAAAUGAAGGAAAGACCAACAAGAGGGCAAACAAUUACAUAACUAUAACAAUGGCUGAUAGAAACCCUGAACACGGCACAUACAAAUUGAAGGACAAUGAAGAAAGAACAUUCAAGUUAUUUCAACCGAGCAAGAAUGUGGAGGACAGCUUAUCAGAAUGUGGUUUGGCCACAUUUUAUAACAUCACUGAGAGUGCUCCCGGAGAUUCAUCUUUUCUGAUUAAUGAUGGUGACAAUACUACUAGAUGGCAGGUAAAGUAUAACGAUACAACUGGAAAAGUGUUGAUAGACUUGCACACAAUUAAAAACAUAUCCGGUGUCACAUUCAACUGGGCUGAUAGACCGCCCAAGCAAGUUAAACUUCUGAAAUAUGCAGACACAAAAUUCAACGCUGUCACUGAUUUUUUAGCCAAGGUGGAUUUUGGCAACCCAGUUUACAAAAAUUAUCGCUUUGCCAACCCCAAAGAGAAAUUGCUUAAUCAAAGCGAUGUAUUUGAGCUAGUGCACUCAGAGGAUGUCCCCAUAAAUGCACCAUUUUCAAGUGCAGAAUUUCAAGAAGUAUUGGUACCUGUACGACAUAAUACGACGUCAUUGGAUAUCAAUUUGCAAAGCAGGUUCCUUUUACUUGAAGUAGAUGGCAUUCACAAUACAGUGCCAAUUGAAGAUGACUAUGGUGGGGCCAAGAUUGCUGAAGUUAGUUUUUAUUAA